AUGGGCAACUUCUUCAGCUGUUCACUAAAGACUUCCAAUCAUUUUCAGUCGUUGAAGAUUCGGGGUUUUGUGCGGGCCCUUAAUCCUGGUUAUGAGUUACCAAGCAGGAAGCAUAUUUCAGAUGUAAUGCUGCAAGCAGCAUACACAGCAGGAAAGGAGACAGUGGUAGACAAACUGUCAGCUGCGAAGACAAAUGCACUAAAACAUUUUGUGUCAAUUCAGCAGAAAGUCAAAACUAUUGUAGCAUUGUUCAAGAGAAGCUGCAAGGCAAGAGAAAGACUGCUGACAUACCAACAAAAUAAUGGGGCCGGUCAUGUUAAAAAACUGCUGCAGGAGGUGCCAACAAGGUGGAACUCUACUCUGUGUAUGUUGGAGCGAAUAGUUGAAAUUAAAGAUGCAGUGAAGACUUCACUUGUACUAUUCACAGUUGAUUUUGAACAACUCACAGACGAGGAAUGGAACAUCUGCUCAGAACUCUGUUCUGUGUUGAAGCCAUUUGCACAGGUUUCAACACAGCUUAGUGCUGAGUCAUAUCCUACUGGCAGCCAAGUUAUUGUUCUGAAAAGGGGAUUAUUAUCAGUGUGUGCAGAACUUUUGAAAAGGCCAUUUAACAGUGUGACAAGGACUAUCAUUGAAGAAUUAACAAAAGGCCUGACGGACCGUUUCCACAAUGUAGAGAUGAGCAAGUAGCCACUCUACUAGAUCCACGCUUUAAAUCUCUCGUGUUUGAAAGCCGAGUUGCAGCAGAUAAUGCAAAGAAACAGCUUAUUGAACUAGUAGCACAAAAGAUGGGUGACAGAAGACUGACAAACACAGGCCAGAGCCAUGAAACUGUGUCAACUUCAACCACCACUGAUCCCUUGUCAGUAUGGGGUGUCUAUGAUGCAAUUGUAAAAUCAACACAGCCCCAGGGCACUCCUCAGUCAGCUGCUAUUGUGGAAGUACAAAGGUACAUGGACAGCCCAGUUAUUAGUAGA